CAACUCUGAGAUUUAACAGCAGACGACCACCGGAGAUUCCUAGUGUGUUUAAGAGCAGGGAACUGGAGAGGUUCUACUGCUGAAUUUAACAGCAGACGACUGGAGAUGUUCUACUGCCAGGUUUAAGAGCAGACAACUGGAGAGAUUCUACUGCCAAGUUUAAGAGCAGGCGACUGGAGAAAUUCUACUGCUAGGUUUAAGAGCAGGCAACUGGAGGGGUUCUAGGUUUAAAAGCAGGCAACUGGAGAGAUUCUAGUGCCAGGUUUAACAUCAGUCAACGUUGCACACGCCAGUUUCGGGUGACAGGCGACAACAUGUUUUGGUCCGUGUCUGCUGCACCGAUGACAACCCUAGCACUGUUAGGCUUGUUUCUGGUGUUCACACGAUCGACGGCUACCAUGGACGAAGAAAACAACAUACAGAUGAUUGAGCAUCAUAUUAUUGGUGUUUCGGGAAUGAAGGAGACCAAGCAGAUGGCUUUCAUACACAUCCCGUACCCGAGUUAUUGCGAUUCAGCGGAUAAGUAUCGAUCUAUUGAUGGUAGCUGUAACAAUCUCCUGAAACUACAGUGGGGAAUGCUGGGUAGACCUUUUCGGAGGUUUUUACCACAGUCGUAUGACGACGGAGUCUCCAAGCCUCGUUUUUUCCAAAGGGACGGACGAAUCCUGCCCAGUGCUCGCCUUGUCAGCACAAACUGUCACUCGGAGGGCAAUGAAGGGGAACUCCGCGACCACAAUCUCUCCUUACUAUUCAUGCAGUGGGGUCAGUUUGUAGACCACGACAUCACGGCAACAGCAGAAGAAGAAGAAGUGGAAGACUGUUGUGAAGGGUUGUUACCAGAUGGCAAACACAAUCACUAUCACACAGGGGGUCCAUGUUUUCCAAUACCAAUUCCAAAAACAGAUCCGCACUUCAAACGGAAAUGUAUGGACUUCUUACGAUCUAUGCCCGAUGAAAAAGGGCACAAAUCACACAGGGAACAGAUGAACAUGAUCACUGCCUACAUGGAUGCGUCUCAGAUAUAUGGAUCUAGCGUCAAAGAGAUGAAUGAUCUGCGAACUUUUAAUCUGGGUCUCUUAAGAACGUCAGCUAGCAACCAGCUGCCUCGAGGUAAAAACAUCCAUAGGCCGUGCAAGAACGAAACCGAGGCUCCAAACUGCUUAACGUCAGGCGAUGUCAGGGUCAACGAAGUCCCUGGUCUGACGGGACUGCACACGCUGUUCCACAAACUUCACAACCGUAUCGUGCGCAUACUCAAGCGCCUCAACCAACACUGGAAUGAUGAACAUCUCUUCCAGGAGGCGCGCAAAAUCAACGGCGCCAUAUUGCAGCACAUCACGUACAAGCAUUGGCUGCCUAUCGUGCUGGGACCUGGCGGGAUGCGACAGUCGAGGAUUUCCUGGAGGUACAGAUACCAGCCGACUCUCCGUGCCGAGGUCUUCAACAGCUUUGCCACGGCCGCCUUCCGCUUCGGGCAUAGUCUCGUUCCGCGAGAGUUCAAGACAAGCGUCAGUGACCACACCCUAGUGGACACUAUGUUCUUCCGACCGUACUUCUUGAAGGUGAACAACAGCCGAGGGUUGUACAGCAUCAUGGACGGGAUGGUGUCGCGCCCGUGUUCCCGCCCUGACCGCUUCCUGACGACCGGCCUCACCAAUCACCUGUACGAGACAAUUGUGCCGCCCAUGGACCUGGCCGCCAGAAACGUACAGCGAGGGCGGGACCACGGGUUACCGCCCUACAGCCAAUACCGUCGUCUGCUGCGCCGAGGAUCGCCCAGAGUUCAACUCAGCCGGAAGUGCCUAGAAACCUACAACAACAACUAUGACGAAGUGGAUCUGUUUGUGGGUGGACUGACGGAGAAGCCGUACAAUGGCGGAGUCGUAGGACCAACAUUUGGUUUCAUCAUUGGUCAACAAUUCUACAACCUGAAGAAUGGAGACCGGUUCUGGUACGAAAACAAGAACUACCGGACAAGGUUGACUGCUGAACAGCUAAGAUACAUCAAGAGGAUGACCCUGUCACGAGUGAUGUGUGACGUCCUUGAUCUAGAAGCCAUACAGCAGAAUGCCUUCAGGAUGGUGUCGAAAAGCAAUCCUAAAGUCAGGUGUUCGGACAGCUCUAUUCCAUAUUUGGAUCUAUCUGCAUGGAAAGACUGAAGUUUGGUGUCGAAUGUUAUGGGAAGUACUGACUGAAUGCCGAUCGUCUACGUUUAAAGGCAGCGUAACACGAACCGACGACCUAUUUCAUUGUCCACGAAAAUGAGGCCUAAAACAUUAUAUGCAUCCAAAUUGUCAAAAAAAUGUACUUUAUUCAGCUAGUUACAUGUACGAUGACGUCAUAUCACAUUUGUAAUUGAUUUUUUUUUUCUAAAGAAAAAAAAAAAAAAAAAAAAACGUUACUAGAUUUAGAGCUUCUAUAAAUUUCAGUGCUCUGAUCCGUAUGAAUCUGCCUUUUACAGCAUAUCUAAACGAAAAAAAACCUAAACAAUUUAAUAUCGUAUCUCUGUACAUGACAGUCUAAAUGAAAUUUUGAUUGGUUCACGAAGUCCAGAAGGUCAGGUGACCAUUUAUUACAGCCAUUCAGACCGAUUUAUUCCGAUCUUAACCUGACCCCCCAAUUUUUUUUUAUGUCAACACAGUCGCAGAUGAUCUGCACUGUUCUUCAUCAAGUUGGUGACAGAUUGUAGAAAGAAAGAAAUAUUUUAUUUAACGACGCACUCAACACAUUUUAUUUACGGUUAUAUGGCGUCAGACAUAUGGUCAAGGACCACACAGAUUUUGAUAGGAAACCCGCUGUCGCCACUACAU